AUGAAACAUUCAAUUAGCAGUGACAAGGGUAGUACUAAUCAUAUAAUAGUUGAAUUUCAAUUAUUUAUAUCGAAUGCAAUCAAGGCUGAUUUGAGGAAUAUUUCCAAGACUUUAAAUCAAUCAAAAGACUUUUAUCAAGAACAACAACGACAACAAGCCUCUCGAUUCCUAUCUAUAUUAUAUGGUGGUGAUGAAAAUGAUGAUGAGAAUGAUAAUUUAUCACUUAAAGAUAAAAUUGAAAAGGUGAUCAAGCCUUGCAUUAAAUUAAUUUGUGGAUUUAUUCAUAAUUUAUCAUCAAAAGAAAAGAUUUCUAAAGAAUCAAUAUUGAAUAGAUUAAUAUCAAAUUGUAAAUUGACUAUUUAUGUAUUAUUUGAAAUAUUCAUGUAUCCGAAUAGUAGUAUAUUGAAGAAUAGUUUAGUUUCUAAUAAGGAUGAUGAUAAUGAUGAAACUAUGAAUAAUAAUUUGGAUGAAGACAAUUCUAUUAUAAUUAAUUCAGAAAUUGCUUCCUACUUUGGUUUAUAUGAUGAAUUAGUUUGUUUUAUGAUCAUGUUUAGUUAUGAUGAAAACUUUUUAGAAACUUUAACUUUAAUGAAUCCACAACGAUUCUCCAAUAUUAAGGUUGAACACUCCAGUGAAUUGAUGAAACAAUUUCUAAAUAGAAUAUUUAAUUGGAUUUGUGUAACAAGUGUUGAGAAUGAAAUUCAACAUCAACUCUCUUCACUUGGUUAUCAAAUUGUGUUUAAACAUUUAAUUCAUUCAAUUCAAAAUGUUAUAUUUAAAUCAUUGAAUAAUAAUGGUAAUGGAAUUGGAUUUCAUUCAACUCAUAUGAAUAUUGCAAAGUAUUGGUUUAGAAAAUUGUGGAAACAUGAUAGUUCAUUAAUGAAACCUCAUUUAAUUGAAUUGUUGAAGAGAUUGUUUAUUGUAAUGAAAGUGAAGAGAACUAAUCAAUUUCAUUCAACAUUUAAUAUUUAUAUGAAUGAAUUAAUUCAAUCUCUAAUGAAAUCUAAAACAACAUCCUCAACAGAUGAAGAAGCCACUGAAGAAGAUUUUAGUAAAUUCAUUCUUCAAUCAUUGAAAGAAAUAAUUACAAAUACAACUGAGGAAAUUGAGGCAAAAAAUCAAGCAAUUAUAAUGUAUUACAAUUUAUUAAUUGAUGAUAUUGAUAAUAUUGAAGAUCAUAACAGUUCAAUUGUCAAAUCAUUUGUUGAAUUAAUGUUUGAUAAGGUACUAUUCACUAAUAAGAAUGCAGAUUGUAGAAUAACAGCAUUGGAAAUGAUUCAGAAAAUUGUUGAAUCUAAAUUUUACAAACGUAGAAUUAAUCAGCAAUCAAAUAAUCAAGCGAAUAUUGUGCCAAUUAAUAGAAUCCUCAACCAAACAUCACAUGUUUUGAAAUUUGAUCCAAAUCAAAGUGUUAGGAAGGUCUCUUUUGAUUUAUGGUUGUUGAUUUUCGAUUUAUUACCUCAACAAGGAGAUGACAACAAUAAUAAUCAGCAACACAAUUUACUAAUUCUCUCAAACAUGUUACAUAUUAAAUCAAGAGAUAAAGAAAAGAGAAUUAGAGUUAAAGUUUUUGAAAAGAUUACAGAGAUGGGAAUUUUCAGAUUCAAUCAAUCACUUUUAGAACAAAUGAAACAUCAAGAUGAGUAUUCUGAACCAAUCGUUUCUAACAAAUCAUUGAAACUCACAAGAAUAGUUCGUACAAAGAAGAUUUCCAAUGAUUCUAAUCAUUCAACAUUGGUUUGCCAUGUUUUAAGGGAAAUUCUAAUUAUUGGAAUGUUGGAUGAGGAGAAGAAAGUAAGAGAUUUGACAGAGCAAUUAUUUGUAGAUUUGGUAUUGUCAGAGUUGAAUCCAUUAGAAUUGAUGAAAGAAUUGGAGGAGAGUUAUCAUGAAAUUGUAAGAACAACUACAGUUAUUGGUAGCAGUACAGAUGAGCGUUCACAAAAACCCACUUGUUGGGCUCUAUUUGAGGGUGUUCUAAAAGGAAACAUUAACAAUCUCUAUUCAAAGCAGUUAUAA